AUGACGUCACCUGGGAUUUCCAGCGUACUGCUGCUACCGCAGACUAAUAUGCAUGAAGUCAACAGGACCACAGUCACAGAGUUUAUCCUUGUAAGGCUAUCUGAGAACCCGGCAAUGAAAUGUUACCUUUUCAUCCUAUUCCUAUUGAUCUACAUCAUUACUGUACUUGGAAACAUGUCUAUAAUUUUUGCCUACAAGCUGAGCUCAAACCUCCAGACCCCCAUGUACUUUUUUCUUGCCAAUUUUUCUCUCCUGGAGGUUUGCUAUGUAACUGACACAUCACCCAAAAUGUUGUCAGUCUUACUAUCAGAUGGCAAGUCAAUUUCUCUCUAUGGUUCUGCCACUCAACUCUUUGGUGGUUUGUUGUUGGGUGGUGCCGAAUGUUACAUACUUACCAGCAUGGCUUAUGAUCGGUAUAAUGCUAUAUGUCACCCAUUAUUAUAUAAUAGAAUUAUGAAUAAAAUGACUUGCAGUUUACUCUUACUUGGGUCAUACCUUAUGGGUGUCCUCAGUGCUGUGACGCACACAACUCUUACUUUCAGUCUACCUUUCUGCGGUUCAAAUAUAAACCACUUCUUUUGUGAUGUUCCACCUUUACUAAAACUGGCUGGUACUGACACUUGGGUCAAUGAAUUGGUGAUUUUUGCUUUAGGCAGGUAUCAUGUCACAAGUUCAGUUUUGUUCAUAGUAAUAUCUUACAUAUACAUCAUCGUAUGCAUCUUUAAAAUUCGGUCUUCAGUUGGGAGUAAGAAAGCCUUUUCAACCUACACUUCUCACCUCAUUGUUGUUACUAUAUUCUACGGUUCCAUCUUUUUUGUGUAUCUGAAACCUAAAUCAAAGUACAAUCUAGAACAUGAUCGGGUAGUUUCUGUCAUGUACACAACUGUUGCUCCCUUGUUAAACCCUUUUAUAUACAGUAUACGUAACACAGAAAUGAAAUUGGCUCUCUUGAAAAUGCCAAAGAAAUUAACUGUGCGCCCAUCUCCGAAAUGGCUGCUGGCAGUGAUGUACAUCACCGUGCAUGCAUGA